AGUAAAAGUGCAGCAACCAGCGGCCAAUGAGCAGUCGUCUCUUUCAAGCCAUCAAAAGCGUUAAGGCGAUUUCAUUGGACGCUAGCGAAAGUCGUCAUAUGAAAAAAAAAGGUUAAACGGCGCCCGCGCGGAACAUUGAACCAGCAAUAACGACGGACAGGCAGGAAAUUCAGAAAGUAUUCACGAUAAAGCCGAGCGGUUGUGUUUCCUGUCUCGCUGCUACACUUUGUGGCUUUGUGCGUUAUCAAACGAACGUGUGGAUACAAAACAAAUAGUCGCAUAAUCCAUCGCGUAAGGGAUAUACGCGAUAGUUGUAUAGCAAGUGCCAGAGCGUGUAUACAAUUUAUUGAUUUCUGCCCCACCCGUGAAUCCCGUCUACAAAUAUCGAAUAAAUUUCGUAAGAAUUCCGGAAGGAAUACAGCUGAUGCCGGGUCUAGACGCCACCCCCGACUGUGAAAUGGACAAGAACUUUAAGGAGAAACUUAUAAGAAAUGUGAAGAAGGAGGUGAAGCAGAUUAUGGAGGAGGCUGUCACGCGUAAAUUUGUUCACGAGGAGAGCAGUAGCAUUACUUCUCUGUGUGCUGCAGUAGAAGCUUGUCUCUCUCAGGGUCUGAGAAGACGAGCUUUAGGAUUAUUCAAAACGAGCUCAACGACAGCACUGCUUCAUAAGGUGGCCAAGAGUUUUCCACCGGCUGAUAAGAUAUCUCGUAUGGUACAGGAAAUGGAAAAUAUGGAUCCGUCUAAUAGGAAAUCAUCCAGUAGCGGUGACAGUACAAGUAAAUCCAUUCCGCCACCGUUACUAAAAAAAAAUUCUACUGGAGUGCUUCCUCAAGGACAUCAUCAUCUUCCAAAGUACCUGUGGAUUCGUUUGGCGCUUGUGGAGAAGCAAUUGGCCGGGAUAAUAGAUUACUUGGUGGAAAAUAGUUCCAAGUAUUAUGAGAAAGAUUCCCUUGUGGCUGAUCCUGACUAUGGAUCUAUAUUAAGUUCUCUACUAGUAGGUCCAUGUGCUUUGGAUUAUUCAAAAACGAAAACACAGGAUCACUUUUGGACGGAUCCACCUGCCGAUGAAUUAGUUCAGAGACACCGGAUAUCCUCUUGCACUUCUGGCUGUCCACCAGCUCCGCCGUUAAACUUUGGACGAAGUUUGCAUACUGGAGGAAGUUCAGAGGAUGGUCUUGGUCAGAUGCCACGAUCUGCAAAAGAUUAUGUUGAAUCCCUACAUCAGAAUAGUAAAGCCAUUUUAUUAUAUGGAAAGAAUAAUGUCAAUGUGCAUCCACCACAAUCAGAUCCAAUGCCUGGUUAUCUCUCGUUGCAUCAAAGCGCACAAGGCCUAGUGAUAAAGUGGACGCCAAAUCAAUUGAUGAAUGGUUUUGCGAGCAAUUGCUCGUCGGAGGGAACAACAAUUGGCGAAGGCAAAGAAGGCAGGGAAGAUAAAUCGCAAUACUGGCAGUACGCGUUAAAUUUAAGAGUAGAGGACAUCGUUUAUGUUCACUGUCAUCAACAAGGAGGUGGAGACAGUGGUGGUACGGUCGUCCUCGUGGGACAAGAUGGAGUUCAGCGGCCACCUAUAUGUUUUCCUUCAGGUAAAAUUAUAUUCAAAUCUAAUUUAUUUAUCCUUACUCUAUAUAAACCUUUAGGACAGGGACAUCUGCUGUCUUUUCUCUCUUGUUUGGAAAACGGACUUCUACCAUUGGGUCAACUGGAUCCUCCACUCUGGUCACAGCGGGGUAAGGGUAAGUCCUUUCCCAGGAUGCGUAGGAGACCUUCUCCAUCGUCCCCAUUGUCAUCCUCAUGUUCUGAUCACAAUGAGGAAACGAUCGAUUAUGUAUUCCGAAUCGUCAGCAAAGCUAGUCAGGAGGAUCUACUGUUGAACCAGGAACUGAUGGACCCAGGUUAUCGUCGAGGUGGUACCCAAAAUUGGCGUAUACUCUCCUCAACUUCGGCUUCCGGAUCCGGUUCCAGCAGUGAUUCGCAUCAUACAUCAGACUCCAUCAAUCCACCGGAUAGUCCUGCUCCUCUGUCCAACGCAAAGGAAAACGGAAAUGGUCAUCCAAUUCGAUUAGUAUGCCAGACGAUGAAACGACAAAUCAUUUCUAGAGCAUUUUAUGGCUGGCUAGCGUACUGCCGUCAUUUGUCCACGGUCAGGACUCAUCUGUCCGGAUUAGUAAACGGAAAAAUCGUAGAAGGGAACGCUGAGGAUCGCGAGGGCCUUACCGUUGAGAAAUGGCGUGAACUAUCAGAGGAUGGCUGUACAUCUGAUAGGGCCCAAGUGCUGCGACUCGUUUAUUACGGUGGCGUUGCGCCUGAAUUGAGAAAGGAAGUCUGGCCUUAUUUACUAGGUCAUUAUCAGUGGGGUAGCUCAUCCAAUGAGAGACAGGAACUAGACGAAGGGACCAGACAAAGUUAUGAAACUACGAUGUCCGAGUGGCUGGCAGCUGAAGCUGUGGCCAGGCAACGGGACAGACUUGGAAGCGAAUCUAGUCAAGGAUCCAGUGGAUCCAACGAAGAAGGUGAGAAAGAGCCAGACGAUUCACCGGAGCGCGAAGAUCCUGGUUCUCCAGCCUCGUCCCAAGGUAGUACAUACUCGAAGGAGCUCCUGGACCUCUUCGCCUUGAAUAUCCACAGGAUAGAUAAGGACGUCCAGCGAUGUGACAGGAAUUACUGGUACUUUGCGCCGACGGACAAUCUGGAGAAGCUACGCAACGUAAUGUGCACAUACGUAUGGGAAAGGCUAGAUGCUGGCUACAUGCAAGGUAUGUGCGACCUGGUUGCACCUCUCCUUGUAGUAUUUGACGACGAAGCAAAGACCUAUGCCUGCUUCUGUCAACUUAUGGAUCGUAUGUCUGCCAAUUUUCCCCAUGGCGGAGCCAUGGACGUUCACUUUGCCAAUAUGCGAAGUCUUAUACAAAUUCUUGAUGCUGAACUCUUUGAGCUUAUGCAUCAGCAUGGAGAUUAUACGCACUUCUACUUUUGUUAUCGAUGGUUCCUCCUGGACUUUAAACGAGAACUCGUAUACGAGGACGUGUUUGUCGUAUGGGAAGUUAUAUGGGCGGCGAGAUACGUUGCAUCGAGCCAUUUUGUUCUAUUCUUGGCUCUAGCACUCGUGCAAACUUAUCGAGAUAUAAUUCUUACAAAUGCGAUGGACUUUACUGAUAUUAUAAAAUUUUUCAAUGAAAUGGCGGAAAGACACAAUGCUCGAGCAGUGCUGGCGCUGAGUCGUGAAUUGGUCCUCCAGCUGCAGACUCUUAUCGAGAAUAAAUGAACGAAGAAGAGAAGAUAUGGACCGCACGAAAGGGACGUGCGUUUAUUUAAUUAUCAACUAUAUGAAAACGUGUGGAUCGCGUAGCCCUAAGAGUAUUUGUCACGUAUGCUAAUUAAAAUAUAUAUAUAUAUAGAGAGAGAGAACGGUGAGUUGCAGAUAUUUUAUUUGUCUAAUGAUUGCGUAUUAGCAAUUAUAACGAUAAUAAUGCCGUUACAAAUCUGCUCCAUUGUUUCAUUUAUACAUUUCUUUUCUCGUGUUCCAUAACGACUUUUUCUCGUAACGCCAAUUCAUAAUAGUUUUCUUCCUUAAACACUAUACAGUUUCUUAUUUUACUUUGUCCUUCGAUGAUGAAGUUUCGAAAGAAAAUACCCUGUGACCAACAGACAACUAGACAUAUAGUUCACUGUACAGGGUUGUUCACGGCAAACACACCAGCUGAAGUUGGCCGUGAAUGGGUAAUUCUACGAAUCAGAACAAGGCGGCAUCAUUAAAGAAAUAAAAGUUAAUAUCAUAACAUUGCUAAGAUCAUGAAAUUCACAUUUUUUCAUUUGUUUAACAAGGCCACACUGCCUCGAUUAAUAGAAUUGUUCAUUCGGGUUCAGCUUCAGCUGAUGGGCUCCGUGAAUAAACUUGUAUAAUCAAAAAUGUAUUUUUACAAUCGCUCCCGUCUAGCAUGAUUAGCCUGUGUAACGUCAAAUCUGACAAGUAACCUAAAAUCAAAUGGGAUAACCGAUACAUUUGUUAAUCUUGACUAUUCCACUUAGUCCUUAUAAUAAAGAUAAAUAAAUGAUGGUACAUUUAA